AUGGGCUGUAUAGCUUGCAAAUCGAACCCCAAAAACAAAAUUCAGUCAAACCUAGAUUUGAGUACAGAUCAAGACCGCAUCUCAUCACACCGCAUCAUAAAAAUCAAAACCAAAGACCAGCUGUCAUUUAACCCCUCCCUGUUUGUAGGCCUUCGUAAAGGGAAUAUUGAAGAUAACUAUAUCUUCGAAAAAACAAUACAUACAGGGUCAUAUGGACUCGUAAGGCUUGCCUUAAACAAAAUUACAAGCCUAAAAAGGGCAAUAAAAACAAUCUCUAAAGAACAUAUAGGCAAGGAUAUGAAAUUACAUGCGCAAUUUUACUCUGAAAUCGAUAUAUUAAAACAGACAGAUCACCCAAAUAUCAUAAAAUUGUAUGAAUUUUAUGAGGAUGCAAUGUAUUAUCAUUUAGUGACUGAAUAUAUUCCUGGAGGGGAGCUUUUUGACUAUAUAAUUAAAAGCAAAAUGCUUUCGGAGCCAAUAGCUGCUCAAUUUAUGAGACAGCUGCUAAGUGCAGUGGCUUAUUGCCAUUUAAAUAAUAUUGUUCAUAGAGAUUUAAAACCAGAAAAUUUGCUUAUAGAUGCACAGUCACAAGAAGCGACCCUUAAAGUCAUUGAUUUUGGGCUAUCUGCAUUUUAUGACUCAAAAGUCAACAUGACUAAGCAGUAUGGGACAAGUUAUUAUGUGGCGCCAGAGGUGCUGCGAAGAAAUUAUAAUGAAAAAUGUGACAUUUGAAGCUGCGGAGUAAUUUUGUAUAUAUUGCUGAGUGGUAGACCUCCAUUUAAUGGAAAUAGCAGCCCAGAAAUUGUUAGAAGAGUCCAAAAAGGAGAAUUCUCAUUUGAAGGCCCAAGUUGGGACGGGGUGACUCCAAUGGCCAAAAAGUUAAUAAAAAGGAUGCUUGAUUAUGACCCAAAUACAAGAAUUUCAGCUAAUGAAGCUUUAACAGAUGAGUGAAUAAUAUAUAUACCCUACAGACCUAAAAUAUAGGAAAAAAAUAAGUUAUUUAUAGCAUAAAAAAUAAUAAAUCUCUGAAAAAUGCAUUUAAUUUAAUAUAAAGCAAUAUAAUGCAUCUUAUAUUACAAGAGACGAAAAUCUCACCCAAAUUUCUUUGUGAAAUUUAAAAACUUUUAGGGUUGAACAGAAAUUGCAAAGAGCUGUCCUAACUUAUAUUGCAUCACAAAUAAGCAAUAAAGAAGAAAUAAAGCAGCUCGGCGAAGCUUUUCGAGAUAUGGACACAAAUGGAGAUGGCAAAUUAAGCAAAGAAGAAGUUCUUGAAGCAUUUUAUACUUUAGGCGGAAAUGGAUUCAGCCAAAAAGACAUUGAAGAUAUUAUAAGACAAGUUGAUGUAAAUAAUUCUGGAUAUAUUGACUAUACAGAAUUCAUUAUGGCUACUGCAAGAAAAGAAAGUCUAUUGUGUAUAGAAAACCUAGACUCGGCCUUUAAAGCAUUUGAUGAAGAUGGAAGUGGCAAAAUCAGCGCAAUUGAGCUGAAAAAUGUGUUUGGAAAGGAGCUGAUUGCUACAGAUGAAGUCUGGAAAGAAAUGAUUAACGAAGUCGAUUAAGAUUAAGAUUAAGAUUACGCUGGGUAUUUAAGGUCCCUACUACGUCCGAGGUCGCAUGCCACGGUUUCCCGUGUGGUGGCAGAGAGUUCACCAAGCCCGGGCCGAAACCCCCGGUUUCUCGGUAGAGGUAUUGUCAAGGGCCGUAUUAUACCGGCUUUGCUGACCACCUCCAUUUCCAACUUGGAUCGUCGCCUAAGUUUACGCCAACUCCGCUUCGUCGUCCGCCAGAUCUGCCCAUUGAAGGGCACCUUUUAAACUGGAGAGACCCCCGUCUCAAUGUCUAACUCGCCUCCCCUCUUUUCCGGUCAUCCCGAGAAAGAACUCAACAGCUUUCGCCAUUCGGGGCGAGCCACUAAAGCAGCUUAGGCAGGUAAUUCACCCUGCCUCAUUUCGGGCACUCACUGGGCUGAGCGCUGCUGGCAAAAAGAAGUCACGAAUAACUGCCCAUGGGUCUGGUCGCAAAAACAGCGGUUCUCGCGCUUAGGCCUCUCGCUUCGAGGUCCCGGACGUUGUUGGGCUAAUUCCUGGCUCCAAAAAACCAUGCCCGGAUAUACAUGGGUAACCACCACUGGGAGGUGGGUCGGUCGCCAUACGCCAUUUUAUGUAUAUAUUAACGAAGUCGAUGAGAAUGGAGACGGAGAAAUAGACUUGACUGAAUUUAGAGCUAUGAUGACACACAUUUUUGAUAAUAGAAAUUAA